UGAAAAAAUGAGGAAAGUAGAAGAUUGAGAUGUUUUUUUAAAACAAGGAGGAAGGAGAACGACGUUAGAUGAGAGUUGGAGCUUCAGGAGUAGACAAAGAUUGGGAAAUUGUGAGAAAUAGCUUGGUGUUGUACUUGUUUGGAGAGAUUAUAUUGGACACAUAGAAAGCUAUUAAUAUUUGAAAUCAUUCGCAAUCGGGAAUCUUAUUAACCUACAUGAAAUAUGAAGGCAAAAACCUCUAUAAAAGGAAUCCUGGCCAUGAUAUUCAUGACAUACUUCUACUUGCAAUCAUUGUACAUAGUUUUCAAAAAAUGGCAAACGCUGAACUUCACCGAUAAAGUGACCGCUAUUGAGACAGUGAAUUUCGCAACCAUUACGUUCCUCCAAGCGUUCGAGUUAAACUUCUUCAGCUACUAUGACUCAAUACUACACGUGGUUUUCAGAGGAGAAUUUUUCGGUUUCAGGGAGGGAAUUAUCAUCAAAAACUCUGAUCACGCGUUCUUCAGAUGUCAGAAAUACUUGAAAGGAGGUGUCAAUUGUGUGAACAAUGUCAAUGAACUGCAUCAGGCGCCUAGAAUAGGGGGAAGAGGGGGAGUGAAUGGUGAUGAAUUUGGGUUGAGGUUGAGAAGUGAAGUGAGAAGAAGAGAGAAUAAUGAUGAGAGAGAUCAAGGCAAUGUUACAAAAUUGAGUGAUCUACAUGGAAGAAGCUUCAGUGAACUCGAAAAGCCGGAAGUAGGUGAUGAAAAAUCCGAAGCUACAAGUUUGAGGAACACUCAUGGUGCAAUUAUUCCAAAUACCUCUUCAAAAGUAAACAACAAUAAUUCAGAUUGUAAUAAUUUUGUUAGGAGGAGAGCUGAGUUGUUUGAUAUGGAUGUUAAUGAAGGAGACAAAAAACUAUUUUCCAGAGAUCUGAGUAUCAUUGAAGAAUAUUUAAACAAGUCCGCCAAAAAUAUUGUAUACGCGGGCAUCCCGGUAAAAUCCAUAUGUAUCGCUGUCAAUUUAGUACCAAUUUACAGUAUAAUCAACUAUUUCCUGAAAGACUCACAGAUCGAAGGUUUGAAAUCCACUUUUAUGAUUUACGUACCUUUCACAGAAAGCUAUUCACAUGAGAACAUUGAGCAGUUUAUGGUGGUAUCUGUGAUACAGUUUGUGUAUAUAUUUUUGUAUUUAAAGUUGACGGUGGAUUUACUUACAGUGGCACUACUGUCCUAUGGAAUGUUAAGGACUGAGAUGUCACUCUUCUUGAAUCGGUUACAAGAUUUCGAUGCAAGAUUCUGUAAAAAUUAUAUUGAGAUUGAUGAUGUGGUGAUGAGGAGGUCGUGGCAUGCAAUGUUGGCGAGAAGAUUUGAUAGAUGUAUAGAACAUCAUCAGGAAAUUAUGAGGAGAAUUCAUCAAGUGAAUGACUUUGUAAGCUUCUGUGGUCUGUAUUGUAACAGUAUUAUUUGCUUACAACUCGUCGUUGCUAUAUUCAUGCUGCAAGGAAACAGCACAUUGAAACUGAAAUACGGCAUAUUUUCUAUAAUGCUUGUGGCACUUGUAGCCUAUUACUCGGAGGAAGGACAGAUACUUGAAAAUAAGUUGGGAGAAGUCAGAGAUGGACUCUACAAUAUAUCCUGGUAUAAUCUACCAAUAAGUUUGCAAAAAUCACUACUAUUAUUGUUGACAAGGAAUACAAGGGAUACUUCUCCGAUUGUGUUGUAUGGUAUCUUCAUUAUAAACAGGAUGAACCUUAGCAUGAUAAUAAGAGCUUCAUACUCCUACUUCAACAUUUUGAAUCAACUGAAAGGAGAUCUUAUAAAUUAGAAAAUAGAGUACUAUAUUGUAAAUAAUAUCCUUAUCCAUUGUAUAAAUGAUAGUUAUUCACCAUCAUCAGCAUAACAUAAUAUAAUAUAUUAACAACUGUCUAUCACAAAUUUCCUGAACACUCAUUUCACAUGUUGCAUCUUUGUAAAUACAUUCAAUAUUAUUUGUAUUAUU